AUGAAGAUACGCGCCAGGCUUGGAACAACUACCAAAGUUGUCGUAAUCGAAGAUAAUGUUGCAACGUACGUUCAAAUCUCCGAAAUGCGAUUGCUUAUUCAAAAAGCGUUCGGAUGCCUGUUGAAUCAGCCAUUUAAAAUGGGCUUAAACAAGACUGAGCCAUUUUCAAAUGAAGAUGUUACAAUCAAAGAAUGUGGGAUUGUUGACUGUGAUUUGAUUUACGUUUUACCUGAAAAUCCUAUUCCAGUUUUUGAUGCAAAGAAAAUCAAAAUCAAAGAGAAAAUGGAAUCAAAAUUGAAGGAGAGAAACAUGUCUGAGUGUCCAAAAGAAGCCUCCAAAUUGCGACCACAAGGGCCCGUGGACUUUAGCAGCAUCAGUCCCUACAUGACCAAAAUGCUAUUCUGUUAUGAGUCAACCAGCAAUCAAGUACCUGAGCAGCUGCAGAUGCUGCUCUCCUCUUCUGCUGCUGCAAUGUCUCAUGAGAUAGUUAUUGUUGCCUUACACCAACUCCUGCUUGAAUCUGGGUUUCAAUUUGCAACAAAUGUGAUAGUUGCUGAAAGCAGUAGCCCUGAAAAUGUCCCAGCAAAUCUGAGUGAGAUCUUCACCAUUCAAAGAAGUCACUCAUUUUAUAGGCUUUUCUACAUCCACCCAGAAGCUGAAGGAGUGGCUGCCAUGCUUAUCUGUAUCCCAAUGCUUAAAAUGUUGGUUAUUCAGGGCAAACUCUUGAAUUUUCCUCUUCCCAAAGAAAACCCUCCUGAACUUAUUGUCAAUUCUGAAAAUUUUGUCACUCAAUUGAGAACAGAUUCAGCUGCCUUGGUCUACAAAAAUCUAAGAACUCUCUCUGCAGACUUUAAAGACAGUGUUGCUUUGCGUCUUCUAAUAGAAAUGAAAAUUGCCUUAGGAAUUGAAGAUAAUUCUGGAUUUCUUGGACUUUUUUCUGAAAUUAAGUUGAAAAUUCUAAAAUACCUUGACUUUCGUUCUCUCUUGGCAAUGAGUCUUGUGUGCAAAGAUCUUUAUGAUAAGAGCCGAGACGCCUCUCUCUGGAGAAGAUUGUUUAUGAUUCAUAAGACUGUUCAUUUUCCUUACACCAUAAGUGAAGAUUGGUUUGAUAAUUUCAAAAUACUAUACGAACAUCUAGAACGACAAUCUAGCUGCAGGAAAUUCUCUUCAUAUGUUUUUACCCGAUCUUAA